AAAGGGACUGUAGAAGUAUUGUACAGUAACUCAGGACAGUCCGAUUCACAAUGGUUCCCUUAAAAGUGUUGUCUGAUUGAAUGAUUGAAUUAUAUGAUGUUUCCAUUUCCUUGGUUAAACUACAAAGUGACUGUUGCAGAAACAAUUAAGAAAACUGUCAGAACUAAAAAACUAGAAAUUUGCGACAUCUUUCAGUUACAGAUUUUCAAGGGUAACAUUGCAAAUCGGACAUGUCUUUCUUUGCACAUGAAAUUAUCAUUACAAUCCCUUUAACUUAAGAUCCAGACAUCUUAGUGGUCAAGUACAGAAAAUAUAAUAAGUCCUUAUUAUCAAGCUAGGCCGGCCUGGUAUAUUUAGUAGGAAAGAAAAAACUAAAAUGGUUUACAUAAAAAUGCACAACACUCGAAAAUUUUAAAAACUGAAGAGGAAGAAAUAUGUUUUUUUUCUUCCUCCAGACAAAAACCAUAAUUCCUAGAUUUUAGUGUAGUUUUUAUUAACAGACGUUACUAAAAAACUACGUCUUUUGGGAAUUUUUUGAUAAUUCAGAAAGUAUGCCCGGUGUUGAAGACCUCCCUGGUUUAAUCAGUAGACUUGAAAAAGUUGCAAUUCGUCUUGAAACCUCAACCAGGGCACAAACCUUCACCUCACCUGACACUCCUGGAGCUUUGUCCGUCUCAGUGAAAGCAUUUGAUGAGAUAGUGGAUGGAGCCUUCAAAGUUUUUAUUGAGAAAUGCUGCACUAUUGCUGGAGAUGUUAAACCAAUGUCAGACAUGCUUACCAAAGCUUUCAAGGCCCAGAGAAGGUUUUUACUAAUUGCCAGUAAAUCUACAAAGCCUCGAGACUCUGAACUACCAAUACUACUCAAAGACACAGCUGAGAGUAUUGAAGAAAUUCAAACAUUUAGAGAGAAGAACCGAAGAUCUGACUUCUUUAAUCAUCUCUCUGCAGUUUCAGAGAGUAUCGCAGCUUUAGGUUGGGUAGCAGUUUCCCCCGCUCCUGGAUCCUUUGUUUUAGAAAUGAACAAUGCAGGACAAUUCUAUACAAAUAGAGUUCUGAAAGAUUGGAAAGAAAAAUCCAAGAUUCAUGUGGAGUGGGUGAAAGCUUGGAUUGAGACUUUGGCUGAGCUACAAGCCUAUGUCAGAGAACAUCAUACAACAGGACUAAACUGGAACCUGAAAGGUGGAGAUGCAAUCACUAUAGCUAAAUCUGACUUAUGUCAACCCUCAAUAGUUACUCCCGCUCCACCUCCAGGCCCUCCAGCUCCUCCUCCACCUCCUCCUCCUGUAUCUAUAGAAGCACAACCCACACCCCGCUCCACUCUAUUAGACAGCUUGAACAAAGGUGAAGAUAUUACCAAAGGGUUGAAGAAGGUGUCUGACAACGAGAAAACCCACAAGAACCCUGAGCUUAGAGCAAACAGCACAGUUCCAUCAUAUCAGAAACCAAAGGUUGAAUCUCAAACCAUAUCUGGCAGGUCUCCUAUUCAUGAAUUGGACGGGAAAAAAUGGAAUAUAGAGAAUUUUGAUGGGAAUUCAUGUGUUACUGUUGAAACCAGUGAAACCAACCAAUCUGUUUAUAUCUACAGAUGCAAUGGUUCAACAUUUCAAGUGUCGGGAAAGUGCAACAACAUUAUUAUGGACAGUUGCAAGAAGUGCGCUCUUGUUUUUGAAUCUGUUGUUUCAAGUUGUGAAUUUAUAAACUGCCAAUCUGUGCAAAUGCAGGUUACUGGGAAGGUUCCAACAAUUUCUGUGGACAAGACUGAUGGUUGUCAAAUGUUCUUAAGCAUGGAGACCCUUGAUGUCCAACUGGUCACAGCAAAAUCAUCCGAAAUGAACCUAAUGGUUCCCAACGGAGAAGAGUUUGUAGAGCAUCCAAUACCAGAGCAGUUCAAAACAACAAUACUCGGAGGAAAACUGGAGACUCGACCAACAGAAUCAGCUUAGAUGGAGAUUGGUCGACUGGAAAGAAAACCAAACAAUUUGGUCAACUGUAUCAGCUGGGAAACCUGCCUGAAUAUACUUUAUGAAAAUCCAAAACAGAAACUAACGGAAUCAACUAAAAAAUGCAUCCAACCAUAAAUUAAAUAAAUGUUAAAGACACCUAA